CGGGGGGGGGCAGGCCGCUGUUUGUCCCAUUGGCACCAAUGUGGGGUUCUGCCCCACUGACACCGCUAUGGGGCGCCCCAUAGCCCGCUAUAGGGCACGGACCGGACGCUGAGGUCCCCGCACGGCCCCUUUAUGGACACGGGGGGGCUGGGUGACGUGGCCCCACAGCGCCUCGUCCCAUUGAGACCCCACCUGUCCCAUCCCCCCCCCCCCCCCCCCCGCGUCCCUUUUGGGGCCGUUUCGCCCAAUUUUACCCUCUUUCGCAACAAAACGAAGGACGACAAAAAUCCCCCAAACUGGAUCUUAAAAAACAACCAAAAAUCCCAACUUUUUCGGAUGGUUUUUUUUCCCCCAAACCACCCAAAAACGGCGAAUCCCGCCCCAAACCGCGCGGCCCCGCCCGGUUAUUUAUAGCGGCCUAUGGGGCUUUGGGGGGGGGAGGAGGCAGAAAUCCCAUAUAAAUGGGGUUUUUGUAGGGAAAGGGAAAAAGCGGAGCCGUGGGGGGGCGAGGAGCCGCGCACCGAGAGCCAUGGGGCGGCCCCCCCCCCGCGGCAGCGCUGCUGCUCACGGCGCUGUGGGGCCUCUGCUCCCCAUUUAACAUCGAUGUUCUCCACCCGCGCCUCUUCCACGGACCCCCGGAGUCGCAGUUUGGGUACAAAGUGCUGCAGCACGCGGUGGGCAGCGAGCGGUGGCUGCUGGUGUCGGCCCCAUGGGACGGACCGCAGGGCGACCACCGCGGGGAGCUCUACAAGUGUCCGCUGGAGCCCCCCCAACGGCACCUGCACCAAAAGCAACCUCGGGGACGCGGCGCUGCGGAGCCCCAACAUGCAUCUGGGAAUGGCGCUGAGCGGCGGCGGGGACGGCGGCGUCCUGGUGUGCGCCCCGCUCUGGUCCCAGCCGUGCGGCAGCUCCGUGUUCAGCAGCGGCCUCUGCGAGCGCCUCGACCGCCGCAUGCGGCACAGCGGCACCGUCACGCCCACCGCGCAGCGCUGCCCCACAUUCCUGGACAUCGUCAUCCUGCUGGACGGCUCCAACAGCAUCUACCCGUGGCACGAGGUGCAGCGCUUCCUGCGGGCGCUGCUGGCGCGCUUCUUUGUGGGGCCGCAGCAGAGCCAGGUGGCGGUGCUGCAGUACGGGCAGCACGCGGUGCAGGAGUGGCCGCUGGGCCGCUACCGGACGGCAGCUGAGCUGGUGGCAGCAGCGCAGAACAUCCAGCGCAGGGAAAGCAGGGAGACCAGGACGGCUGCUGCCAUCCGGAUGGCCUGCUCGGAGGCGUUCAGCCCCGCUGUCGGGGGGCGGCGCGGCGCCGCGCGGCUGCUGGUGGUGCUGACCGACGGCGAGUCGCACGACGGGGAGCGGCUGCCCGCAGCGCUGCGGGUCUGCGAGAGGAACAACGUCACCAGGCUGGGAAUCGCGGUUCUCGGCCAUUACCUGCGGCGGCAGCGCAGCCCUGCGCAGUUUGUGCGCGAGAUUCGCUCCAUCGCCAGCCGCCCCGCGCUUUUCUUCAACGUCAGCGACGAGCGCGCGCUGCGCGGCAUCGUGGGCGCCCUGGGGGAUCGAAUCUUCAGCCUCGAGGGGACCCACGGGGACAACGGCAGCGCCUUCGCCUUGGAGAUGGCACAGAGCGGCUUCUCCGUUCACCCCCUGCAGGACGGGAUCCUUUUCGGGGCCGUGGGCGCCUACGACUGGGACGGGGCGGUGCUGGAGGAGAGCAGCCGCGGGCGCAGCGUCCCCACGCGGGAGCGGCUCCGCAGCCAGUUCCACACCGGGCCGGAGAAGCACGCGGCCUACCUGGGUUACGCGGUGUCGGCGCUGCUCUUUGCCGACGGGCGGCGGCUGCUGGUCGGCGGAGCGCCGCGGUUCCGCCAUCGCGGGGCGGUGCUGCUGUUCACCAUGGGAGCCGGCGGGGCGCUGAGAGCCGAGCAGACGCUGAGAGGGGAGCAGCUCGGCUCGUAUUUCGGCAGCGAGCUGUGCGUGCUGGACGCGGACGGCGACGGCAGCAGCGACGUCCUGCUGGUGGCUGCGCCCAACUUCCUGGGGGAGGGCGGCAGGGAGACCGGCAGGGUGCACGUGUACGGUGUGGGGCCGCGCGCCGUGCGGGCGGUGUCGGCGCUCUCCCCGGCGGCCCAAUGGGACGCGCGGUUCGGCGCGGCGCUGGCGGCGCUCCCCGACGUGAACGGCGACGGCUGGGCGGACGCGGCGGUGGGCGCCCCGUUGGAGGACGGGCAUCGCGGCGCCGUUUACGUUUUCCACGGCACCGCGGGAGCCGUGCGGCCGCGCCACGCGCAGCGCAUCGCAGCGGCGGAGCUGAGCUCAGGGCUGCGUUACUUCGGGCGCAGCGUUGAUGGCCGGGCGGAGCCGGACGGGAGCGGCGUGGCGCUGGCGGUGGGCGCCCAGGGGGCGGCGGUGCUGCUGCGCUCCCGCCCGGUGCUGCGCCUGGACGUUUCUGUCUCGGUGGUUCCGGCCGCCAUCAGCGUGGUGCAGAAGAACUGCCGCCGAGGAGCCGCCGCCGCCGUCUGCAUCCGCGGCAGCGCCUGCUUCCGGAGCGCCGUGCGGGGCCGGGCGGGGCGGGGAGACGUCGUCCUGCACUUCAACGCCUCCCUGGAUGACGGCGCCGUUCGCUCUCGCGCUGCCUUCGAUUCGGGCUCCCGGCGGCUGCGGAGUCGCCUGGAUCUGCCGUUGGGGCAGCGGCGCUGCGCCCAAAUCCCCUUCCACGUCCUGGACACCGCGGAGUUCCUGCGUCCCCUCACCCUCACGCUGCGCCUGGCGCUGCCCGACCCCGCGGGACCGGCGCUGGACGAGGGCUCCCCGAGCGUCAUCCGCACGCAGAUCCCCUUCUUCAAGGACUGCGGGGAGGACGACGUGUGCGUCACCGACCUGGUGCUGCGCGCCACCAUGCAGCCCCUGGGCGCCGGCGGCGCUCCCGGCGUGGUGCGGGGCGGCCGCCGGAAGGUGCGCGUGGAGGCGGCGCUGCAGAACCGAAAGGAGAACGCGUACAACGCGCGCCUGGCGCUGCGCUCCUCCGCCAACCUGCACUUCUCCAGCAUGGCGCUGCCGGAUGGCAGCGCAGUGAAGCUGGAGUGCGCGGCGCUGGGGGAGCAUCAGCAGCUGUGCAGUGUGGGUUACCCCGUGUUCCGCUCCAUGGCCAAGGUGGUCUUUGCGCUGGAGUUUGAGUUCAGCUGCUCUGUGCUGCUCAACCGAGUGGAAGUGGCACUGGAGGCCACCAGCGACAGCACCGAACCCAACGCGACGCUGUGGGACAACGCGGUGCUGCUCUCUGCUCCCAUCCGCUACGAACCCGACCUCUUCCUGUCCAGCGAGGCCACCCUGCACCGCUACGAGGUGCACCCGCACGGCACCUUCCCGCACGGCCCCGGCCCCGAAUUCAGAACCACGGUGAAGGUGCAGAACUUGGGCUGCUUCGCGGUGCGGGACGUGACGCUGCGCCUGGCGCUGCCGUCCUUGGGCUACGGCCGCGUUCCGUUCCUGUCGGUCACCGGAGUGCGGGCGGAGAACGCCACGUGUGAGCUGCGCGACCCCCCCAACAGCAGCGUGACGGCCGUGCAUCCCGCGGAUCUGCAGCGCGUGGGGAGGAUGGACUGCAGCAACGCGUGGUGCCGGGAGCUGAGCUGCGCCUUGGGGCGGCUGCAGCGGGGCCACGGCGUCGCCGUUCACGUCCUCCGAGCGGUGCACAACGACUUCUUCCGAGCGGCGACGUUCAGCAGCGUGCGGAUCGUCAGCACCGCGACGCUGAGCGCGGCGGGCAGCGCAGUGCUGCUGCUGGAUGAGGGCGCGCAUCGGAGCGAGACGGAGCUGGAGGUGCUGCGGGAGCGGCGCGUGCCCGUGUCGCUGUGGAUCCUGGUGGGCAGCGCGCUGGGGGGGCUGCUGCUGCUGGCGGCCAUCAGCGUCUGCCUGUGGAAGUUCGGUUUCUUCACCCGCAAGAAGCCCCACGAGGAGGAGGAGGAGGAGCAGUGAUGGCCCCGCGCUUCCCACCGGCCCGCAGCCCCACGGAGGAGCUGUGCCCCCUUCUUCCCCCCCCCCCCAGCGCUGGGGCCGCCCCACGGGUUCCGCACGAUGGAACGGAGCGGCGAUGGCGGUGCGGGGACGGCGCCGGGCACGGACAGGGCGCGGGGAGGAGCGGGGCAGAGGAGGAGCCGCAUCCCGCAUCGCCGCCGUGGGGUGAGGGGCAGAGGGGGACGGGGCGAUGCCAGCGGUGGGGGUGAGCAGAACCAAUAAACGCCGCCCACCCCGACGCUCCCUGUGUGCCACAAAUGCUUCCCGGUCCUUUCCAUUCCAUUCCCACCCUAUCCCCAUCCUCUCAUCCCAUCGCAUCCCAUUCCUAUCCUUAUUCCCAUUCCAUCUCCCCCAAUCCCAUUCCCAUCCCAUCUGAUCCCAUUUCCAUCCUUAUUUCCUAUCCCAUCCUUAUCCCACCCCCACCCCCAUCCCGUCUCUUUCCAUCCCAUCCCGUCUCUUUCCAUCCCAUCCCGUCUCUUU